UUGUUUUUUCUGUAUAUGUGAUCAAAAUUAUUUCAAUACUAUUUUCAGCUAUUCCCGUUUGCCAACAUGUUGCUUCUCAGCAUUUGCACAUUACGAGUGGAAUGAGAAUCAGAAGAUCAUCACCACAUUACUAUCAUCACCAGAUAAAACGACAAAAUAUUUAAGAAUUAUAAACUUGAUAUAUAAUUAUAAAGACCAAAAUGCAAAUAAAAUAUGAAAUUUCAAAUUUGAAGUUUUGAAUAGUAAUACUCUAUAUUUGAAGUUUCACUAAUCAAAACUUCAAAUUUGAAAUUUCUGAAAUUUCUUUUUGGAGAACAAAAAAACUUCAUAUCUAUUCUAUUAAAAUAGAGUUACUAUUUUUAUCUAAUAUUGAAAAGUCAUUGUUGGACUAUAAUAAAAAUUCUAUGGUAUUUACUCCCUCUGUUUAAUUAUAAGUGUCGUUUUAGAUUUAGGCACACGGAUUAAGAAAACAAUUAAUUUUGUACAUUUCUUAUAAAAAACACUAUUAUCUAUACACCUAACUAUAUUUCAACCAAUAGAAAAAUAAAUUUUGCAUAAAAUUAAUAAUUUUGCAUUGAAAAUCGACAUUUAUUUUGUAACGAAAUUUUUUUUAUAAAACGACACUUAAUAUGAAACGGAGAGAGUAAUAAGUUUUAUAAUUAUAGUGUAUAAUAGAUUAAAUAUUAAAUUAGAAGUACUAUAUAAAUUAAAUACGACAAUUGAUAAGUUUUAAAGAUGGGGUCGAAUGGGCCCAAUUGUAACAGAAUGUAAAAGAAGCCCUAAUUCUUUUUUUGUAACUUAAAACCCCCUAAUUCUUUGAAAAGAGAUUCGCCGGUGUCUCUUACUAUUAGCCACGAAGAAGAAGCUAAACCCUAAUGAUCAUAAUCUUGUCAGAGGAGAUAUUGCCAUGAAGAAGAAGCUGAACCCUAAUUAUCAUAAACGUCUCAGAGGAGAGGCAUCCAAAUCCUGGUCCGAUCUUCCGUUUGAUCUCUUAAAUUUGGUUUUCGAACGCCUCAGUUUUGCUGACUUCCAACGAGCUAAAUCUGUAUGCUCGUCAUGGCGCUCCUCUUCGAGACAGUGUGUGCCUAAAAAUCACAUCCCUUGGGUGCUUCGCUUCCCCCAAAACAACGAAAACAGUUCUUGCAUGUUGUUCAAUCCCGAGGAAAAAGACAAACUUUACAAAACGCAAGAUCUUGGUUUGGAGUUUGCAAAGAGUUCAUGUAUGAAAACCUAUGGAAGUUGGCUCUUGAUGCAAAAUCUUCAGAGUAAUCUCUUCAUUGUGAAUCUCUUUACCGGCGAGAGGAUCAAUCUACCUCCCGUGGAGUCACAGUUUGGAAUGACAAAGAUACAAUCGCCUGUGUUUUGGAUUGACGAGAAAACCAAAGAUCAUGUAGUUUCAUGGGCACGUAGCAAAAAGUGUGUGGUCUAUUCUAAGACGGGAGAUAACUCGUGGAAUAAAAUUCCCAAAUCUUCAGGUUGUCUUGACAUGGUUUACAAGGAUCACAAGCUUUACUUUUCAAGUUACUCUGGAAAAGUCAAAAUCUUCGAUUUUUCUGGAGAAAUUCCCCAACAAAUUGUUAUUGAGGAAAAACAUAUUGUACCUCCUCUCGUGAUUCUUAAACCAAUUGAUUAUUCGGUUCAUUGGCCGAGCAUUGAUGCUACAAACAUUGUAGUCACAGUAACAGGAGAUGUCCUCAAGGUUGUAAAAGUGUGGACAUACUGGUCUAGAAGCUGGUCCUUCCGACUCUACAAGGUUUAUUCAUUAGGCUUUAAACAACAUGAACAAGUUUAUUCCUUGGGCGACGAGGCAAUGCUUUUGGAUCUAGGUAUCACUGUGCUCGCCAAUGACAAUGAUGGAAUCCGUAGAAAUUCCAUCUAUUUCAGUGAUUGCAAGAACACAAAUAAAGUCUUUCACUUCAGUUUCGAGACACGGAAGAUGGAGAGACUACACAAAUUUGAUUGCUCGUCUGUUCAACUCUCUAGUAGUCGAUGGUUCUUACCAAGUAAUUCACUAAGACAUGAUUGAUGUCAACUUUUAUUUCCUCUUCAGUGUGUUGUUUUACU